AUGCCCGACACCAACACCUCUGAGAAGGAACCUACGAAGGAGCGGACAGAAAAACAAGAAGGCCAGGACGUGCAGGCUGAACUGUUGAUUCCCGAACAACAUCAGCAUCAGGGGAAGAAAAGGAGAUUCCAUAACCUGAGGGCGAUGAUGAAGGGUCCGAGCGUCACCAGGAGCGGCCUGGACAAGAACAACUUCACACAAAAGAAGACAAUGGCGCAAGGCUUCAUGGACAUGGCGCUUAUGACGGCCAACGCCGCUCAACUCAAACUGGUCCUUUACGAGGGCAGAAAUGGACGAGUUUUCCUGUUCGAGUUUGUCAUGUUCCUGCUGGUGUGCUCCAUUAUUGUCCAGGUGCUGGUGGGAAUCCUGCUGUUCAUCAAGUCCCGAUACAGUAUCGAGGACCCGGAGCAUCAUAAACACGCAGAGAUGGCCAACAACUGGGCUACAGGGUUGGUGAUGAUCGUCACCAUCCUCAACGUCUUCAUUUCGGCCUUCGUCAUGGUGGAACAGUCGCAGCAUCUCGCACGGCUGCACACUCCUAGGCCUCCCCCUGUUGCCGCUGCCUGUGUUUGUCCUACUUGUGACGCUCCGACGGAAUAAAGAGACGCCUGUUCUAUCGGGCGAGAAGAGGUCUGUUCUAUCCGGGGAAUAGAAGUCUGUUCUAUUCGAGAAAUAGAAUUAGUUUCGAAGAAUAGAAUUCAAUUUGGAACGUCUCAUGCUCAGUUUGGAAGAACCAAAUUCAUUUCAGCUGUUUCCGCUACCGACCGACUCCUCGCCGCUGCCUAUGUCUGUCUUACUUGUGACGCUCAGACGGAAUAAAUUGAAAGAAAUCU